CCGUCUCCUCCACUGUAGGCUAAUCUGCGGCUCGGCUAAGCUGUGGUGAGAAGCGCCGGUGGGCAGCUCUCUCUGAUACAAUGGAGCAGAUUAAUAAUAUCCAGGUCGUUCCGUGCACCAACUCGAAUUACCUGAAACCGUUCACGGUGCAUUAUAGCCAGAAUGGAACGAAAAAGUCCUGGGAUUUCAUGCGAACUCAUGAUAGUGUCUCUGUGCUGAUCUUCAACACCACCUCUCACUGUUUCGUCCUGGUCAAGCAGUUCCGCCCAGCUGUCUACAUGUGUGAGUGGGAGAGGAGCAAGCCUGCACCUCCUCAGCCGGAGGGAGAGGAGGGAGGUGAGGGCUCUAAUCCGGCUGCCCCAGAAGAGCCUAAAGCCCCACAGGAGGGCGAAGAGGCGGCUAGCCACCCUGACCAGCCUCCAGCCUCAGCGGGCGUGACCUACGAGCUGUGCGCUGGCCUGGUGGACAAACCAAAUCUCUCGCUGGAGGAGAUCGCCCGACAGGAAGUCCUAGAGGAGUGUGGCUAUGAUGUUCCUGUCACCAAGCUGAGGAGGAUCACCUCAUACAGGUCAGGGGUGGGAGUGACCGGAGCCAAGCAGACCAUGUUCUAUGCCGAGGUGUCGGAUGAGAACCGGGUUGGCGAGGGAGGUGGAAAACUUCAAGAGGGCGAGCUGAUCGAGGUGGUCAAAGUGCCGCUGCACGAGGCCAUGACUUUCGCCUAUGACGAGAGCGUCCCGAAAACCAUGGGCGUCAUUUUUAGCUUCAUCUGGUUCCAUAGCAACAUGUCACCCAAGUACAAGAUCUCCACCAAUGUGUAAUGACCACUGCAGUUCCUAGAAACCCCCCUGCAGCAUCUAACUUUUUAUUACUACUUAAUCUACUGUUUAAUCUGGUCAAUGACUGUGUCUUUAUUUGUUUUUUUAUUUUUAAUAUUACCGGUCUUAACUAUUGUCCUGUUUCAACCUUUGCCACAAACUGGUGUAAGCGAUCCUCUUUCCUUGGUAGCGGAGAAGUCCCAAUAGGUUGCCAUAGAACUGAACAGGGUCAUUGUGAGUUUGUUUUGUGAAACUGAAUGCUUUGCUUUUAAUGAGUCCGAAAUUGUAGAAGGGUACUCUUUUGAAAAAUCUCACCAUGGCCCUUAAAUACCAUAAUGGCAAACUGUUCUUCUCUAACUUCAUGAGAUGGAGUUAGAAAGAGUAAGUUGGUGACGUUAUUCUACACUGGAAGGUUUGGAGAAACUGAUCUUUGCCGCAGGUCAUUGACCUGAUGAUAUACAGCCAUUUUCCCUCAAGGUUUGCAGCCCAAUUUUGUCAAAAAAAAACAAAAAAACACUGUCACACGAUAAACAGUGUGACUGCUAUGUUAGCACGCAGGCAGCUACCUAACUAAGCGCAGGAUAUACCACCAUAUUUGACAAUAAUAGGGCUGUUCUUGACGGAGCAAAGAAUAGCCAAGCACUUACAGACAUCUCAGGUCCAAAGCAGACUUUGUGGACAUUCAGGGUUAGAGGUAAUGCUCUUUAUCAAUACUUAACACCGAGCUGGUAUCUCUUAAAAGGAGCUACAUGUAAAAGGAAUAAAAUAAAUGGGCUGCUACUGUUGACAAUAUAAAAAAGACAAGCCAAUGCUUCGCAUGCACAAUCAUCAGAACUGUUUUACUAGCCAAGCAGGUUGUCACAUGCAUGGGAUUUAUUCCUUAGUGCUCAUGCAAAGACGGAAUCAACUUUGCAAUCCACAAAUCAACAUGUGUGUGCUCAUGGUACCUAACAAAAACAUUCGAAGAUUGUUUUGGUAAUUUGCCAUGAUGCCUUGCUCUGACUAAUUAAAAGCCAUCUUAGAAAUCAUUUAAUGUUGGCGAAUGAUUUAUGAAGAACUUACAAUCAUGAAAUAAGGUUUAAACACAAUCUAACAAGUACUGUAGCUCCUUUGAAGAGUAGUUUGCACUUACUGUAGAUGUAGUACCAUCUUGAACUCCCUGACCAUCCUCUUCUCUACAGUCUACUAAUUUAUCGUAAUCUUUCCUUACCUACAUUAUUGUCCAUGUACAUUCCUUGACUAUUCCCAGAAUAUUCCAGGAGUGCAGACUUGCCUGCGGAGAUAUACUGGAUUAUAUGAAGCCAAUAUAAAAACUAAUAUGACAGCAUAUAUUGAUUUGUGAUGGCAUAUUACACAGUGAAUUUGACAUGGGCACUGUCUCUUCUUCAGUCACAAUGACUAACAUCUGAAUCUCUAUCCCAGAAAACAAAUACUUGAAGAUCAUACAUAGUGUUGUUGUAUUUUGCACAUGAUAUUUCUGUGGUUUCUCUUCGGAAGUGACAUUUGGCAGAUAUUUGAACACGCAUAUCAUUAAUCCCACACCUUCUAUGGUACUAUUUAUACUACUCUAUACCUACUUGGAUUAUUGUCUUGGGGGAAAAACACCUGAUGUCAUGAGCUAUCACAUGCUGCCAGGGUCUAAUGGACUUCUUCUGCAGCCCAAGCUUGCUUCGUGUUAUUAACAGUAACUGUUAAAUUAGACUCGUCACCUUCUGGUUUUAUUUACGGCAAGCGCCACUCCUGCAGGAAUAGUAACUACACUAUUUUUCAUAGUCGCACAGCUGUUGUCUGUGUAUUUUGUUGUUUCUUUGGUGGCAACAAAUACUCCAUUUAUUAAUCAUUUGAAUAUGUGAAUUGAGAAGCUGAAACGUAUCUACUAUCAUUUUAUUAUUUAAAGAUAUACUAUGUGCGAUUUUAAGGUUUUGACUAUUUGAAAUGUGUCUAAAGCAGUGAAAGGCUGUUUGUAACACCCACGCUCCACACAUGCCUUUCAAAUUCCCGGUGUUAUGUUCAAAAUAUGGGUGUCUGGGUUGGACACCGGAAUUGCUUCAGUGGAACUGGAACACCUGGAUUUUGACAGGUCUUGGUGCGCAAUGUACAGAAACAGGCUUUCCAUUCUUGGAUCUCUCUCAUCAUAGCAGUAAAAAACAUUUUUUUAAUGUUCUGGGCCCAUUUUUCCAAAAGCAUCUUAGGUACAGAGGUAGAGAGAGUGUUCAGCAUGAUGCUCGCUCUACCAUUUAAUAAUCAGAUUUGUUCUGAGAUGUUUUUUGGGAAACCCGGCCCAGAACAAAAACGCAGAAUUAAAGAAAACAAGUAUACAUGGUAUACCUUUAAUGAAUCCUCUAUAUGGCACUUGUUUGUUUGUGAGUGUUCAUCGUUUUAACAUGACUUAUUAUACAUAUGGUUAACAUAAUAUUGUAUCUUGAGGAAUCACUGAAUGCAUAUGCGUAUGAAAACCGAAGUUGUUCUGGAUGUGUUGAAAAGCAUAGUGUUAUCUUUUUAAGCCUUUAAUACAAUUUUGGGUUACUAGUUAUAUCACUGGGCUAUUGUUGGAGUGUUUUUAUAUGUUUGUGUCCCACAAUCUUUUUAUUUAGAUUUUUCUUUAGAGAGGAUGAAAUGAAAUUAUGUUGUUAUACACCAGUGCUUUUAUGCUUGAUUUUAUUGUUCAUAUUUCAACAGCAACAAGGUGCUGUUUACGUAAGUGUUCUCUUUGUAUACUUGAUUUCUUUAUGAUGAUUUCAUACUAUUUCCUUUAAAUGUCUUUGUUUUAUUUUAUGCAUUUGCACUUGAUGCAAAUAUAUAUAUUUCAAAUAGGUAAUAUAUGAUUUGAUAAUAUAUAUAUUUCAGAUAUGAAGUCUUGCAUGUGCACUAUCUGUAUUAUAUUGAUCUGAAUUCGGUGUAAAUGAAUAAAGUUGCCUAAAGCCAUAAA